AUGCUUAACUUUCAGGCGACGCGAAUAGCCAUUUACGUUUUAUUCGUUGAGACAGUGCUCCGUGCUCUGCCAGAAUUGUUCACUCUGUUGGCAUCAAUAAUCGACUCGAUCGUAAUCACCAACUGCAUGGCAUAUUUCGUUGGAAUAAGUGCUCCAAUGUGCAGUGUCUGUCAUCCGUUCAUUUUUGCAUUUUCGCACCAUGAUUUCAAGGAAAUCCUAUUCCGUCGGAUUGCUCGGGCACAGAACUGGGAACCCGCAAAGUCGGGCACAGGGACGGCUUCGACAGCUGCUGGUGCUGCCAAUUCUUUCAAGAAGAGGAAUAGUCACUUGGUCAUACAAGUGCCUUCACGACUUAAAGCAUUACCUUAG